AAGCAAAAUGUAAACAAAGGUGCGGAUCUCUGAGAAUUGAGCUAAACCACGAAACGCGCUGUCACCUGUCGCUUUAGCUUUGACACUCGUUGACACCUGGAAACUCGAAUCAUCAACUGUUGAACUGUCCUCGUCCAAAAUAGAAAUAAAAUGCCGAUCGUCUGGGAAGCUGUUGGAGCGUCGAUUCUGCCAAAUAUAGGCGGAUGGGCCGCCACACCAUUUACCAUGAGAGCUGUCAGGAGCUGGUACAAAACCAUGAAGAAGCCAUCGUGGACGCCUCCUGACCGAGUUUUUGGUCCUGUCUGGACGUCCCUGUACACUGGAAUGGGGUUCGCCUCAUACCUGGUGUGGCGUGACGGGGGAGGUUUUGGUGGCGAGGGUCAAACUGCACUCGCCCUUUACGGCGCCCAGCUUGCACUCAAUUGGGCCUGGUCGCCCAUUUUUUUCGGCUUUGGGAACAUUGGUGGAGGACUGAUUGAUAUCGUCCUUUUGUAUGGAACAGCUGGAGCCGCGGCUAUUGCAAUGGGCAAAAUCAACCCGACCGCCGGGUACCUGAUGGUGCCCUACAUGCUGUGGCUCUCACUGGCCACUGCCCUCAAUUACUCAAUCUGGAAAAAUAACCCUUCAUUUAAAAAGGACACGCGGAAAGACUGAGGAAAAAGUCUUUUGUCAGAAUUCUCAAUAGUGAUUUUUUUCUUUUAAUUUUAAGAGCAUUUAGUUUUGUAAUAAGAAAUGCUCUUUUUAGUUUCUGCGAAUGUUGAAAUUUUUUAUAAAGUUAUAUUUUUUUACUCCAUAAAGGCACAAAUACAAUAUCAAAGAUUUUUAAAAUUCAGUUAUCCAAUUAAUAAAUAGCUAUGAUAGGCAAGUUUUAUUUAAA